CAUUGGUGAUUUCGAUGAGCAGAUUAUGCGAUCUUCCCAUUGAAGAGGCUUCAGAUAUCCCGGAGUACGCGCCCAUCUGGGAAGAAUCUUUCAGCAAAACCGCAGCGAUUUCAACCCAGAUUAAAUACGGAGAGCCCACAGAUUGCCGAGGUGAUCAACACGCUGUAGGGUAGUCUCAACACAAAGACACGUGCUGUUCAUUGUAAAGUUCGCAGUAAGUGUGCCGGUCUGGACAUUUCUGUUUGCAUAAAAGAUUUUCACCAGUGUCAACUGGUUAAAAUGAUGUGGGGACAGGGAGUGUGGAGGUUGCUGCUCUCUUUAACCCAGUCAAAAUUAACAGACGGAGGAAACUAUAAAAGGAAGACACAAAAUGCUGGAGUAACUCCGGGUGACGUUUCGGGUCGAGACCCUUCUUCAUAUAGAGGGAUUCAUUUUCACUCCAAUAGUGCUAUCAAGUAUGCAACUGAAUCCUCUUGCAAAGGAAUCUCAAAUUUUCUAACAACGUCCAAGAUAGCAUACUUCAAACGGAAAUAUGUGGAAGAUGAAGAUCUUCACCCACCUGCUCACAGUUGCUGCCAAAAAUCACGGACAUUGGUCGCUCCUGAGGAUCGUACCCACAUACUUCGUUUAUCAUUGGAAAAAUUAAGACUUAUUGAAGAUCCCGAAGUAUUUUUGCGUCGAUCAGUAUUGAUCAACAACUUACUGAAGCGGAUCCGAGGGGAGAUGCAGAAUGACUGGUAUUUGUCUGCCUGCUCUUUUGGGGAGACGAGGCCUAAUAAUUGGUUUGGAUCGCAAGACUCUACCUGCAGGAAGCGGCUGCGGAUUGCCAAGGAAUAUGAGAGCAGCCUGCAUGAUUGCUGUUUUUACCAGGAACGUGGCAACCAGUAUUCAGUGAUACCUUUCUCAGUUUAUAAUGGGGAGAGAGUUGCCUCCACUCUGCCAAGUUGCUCUCGCCAGGGCAUGGGCUGCCCUGACGUUUACGGAAUACACAGCACGCAUCCCAGAAUUGAACUGGCAACCAGUGCAUUGUCUGACAUUUAUGAGAACAUUGAAAAAAAUGGUGAUAAGGAAAUCCAUAAGGAAGAUGAACAUCAAAAGGAAAGCAACACAGAGAAACAUACCUCCUGCGAAAGGGGCCCCCCUCGUGUGUGCAGUGAUAAGGAGGUUGAUUGCACAGCGACAGGCUUCAGAAAUGAUGGAAUUGUUUCUCCUGAAUCUGGGUUAGAUUCCAGCAUAUUAAAGCAAUAUGUAGGCGAUCACAAACUUUGUUGUGUAGAGGAAGCAAAAUUAGAAGCAGCUUGUUUUGCAAUGGCCACAACCAACAGUUUAACAAGCAUAGCUAAGAGCACAUGCAGAGUUAGUGACACUUAUUAGCAGGAACGCCCAUUACAGAAACUGAUGUUGAAUCUUUACCAUCAUGCUGAUGCACUUUAUACCAUUCUUGAAACUAGAUCCUGAAGAAAAAAUAUGUAGGAAAGGAAAUAAACCAGCACAUUGUGGUUUGGUUUUCUUAUACUUACCAUUAUAGCAGGUUAAGGUUUUAUGUUAUAGACAGUGGUUUAUACAGAGAAAAACUUGAGUGUGAUCGAAGGUGCCUUAAAUUUGUUACCACAGUGUUAAAGUUUGCAGGACUAUACGAAUCAUCUGUUGGGGGUUAGCUGUAGGAGAUUUUAUAAUAUUUUCUUAUAUUUUGACUUGCCACAGAACAUCAGCUCUAACACAUAGAAAGCGAGAAUUUUUGUUUGUUAUUUUAAAUUUACCAUUUUGAACAGAUAAUGUGUAUAAUUUCAGCCUGUUCUCCGUGUAAUAUUCUUGAAUAAGCCAACAGUGUGUUCCAUGAGCAAACAUCCAGCUGCUUGAGCAUUUCCAUAGCAACAGUUAGACGGCUGCAGAAAAUUAAAUUUGUGCUGUACAGUCUGUGAAUUGGUGGCUGACAUAAUUCCUCCAUUUAUUUUUGAAGAAUUGCAAUGCUUUACUUAACCUUUAAACUAAAAAAAAAAAACAUUUCUUCAAGCUUCUUUCCUGCUUUUUGCUGAAAAUCCAAAAUCAUUUUAUCGACAUAAUCAUCAGCAAACACCAUAGAAUGAAAUCUUGUUCGUAGGGACUGCUCAGUUGUAACUGGAUUUUAAAACUUUUGGAGCCAUAUUAGCUCAAAUGAGGAAUGGAAAAUGCUCUCCAUAAAACCAAUUGCAUUUGGAGUGAUCAAGUCCUUUACAUUAAGGCAUUUGCUUUUUUGUUGUGAUUGUGGCCGGUAUUUAUGUUUCCAAUGCAAUUGUAUAUGCUUUUAUAAAAAUCAAAAAAUAAUAAUCGGGGUCCUUUUCCACGUGAUAUGGUAAAUUGGUUCAUACAAGUGUUUUACAGUAAAAUGUGAUUUACAUGUAAGAUAUUUAUUAAACAGUAGAACAUUUUACACAG